UCACAAGCAACAGCAACAACAACAACAAAACAACAACAGCAACAACAACAACGAGUAAAACUGAAUUAACUUCGGCCAUAAAUUCAAUCAUUGGUUUAAAUGCAUUCACCAAAGGAGGUGCUGCUAAGAGAGUCUUUAAACCGACUAUCCCAACAACUCGUCGAUCAGGUGGAGGAUCAGGAGUAACUCCAGGUAGCGGUGGGACUGGAGGUGGAAAUGGUAACAGGGAAGGACGAGAUCAGAAUAACAGUUGCAAUGGUAAAGUAAAAAGUAAAGAAAAGACUAGAAAAUCAAAAGGGAAAAAAGAUUUAAUUCAAUUGGAUGCAACUUUUAAUGGUAUAAAUAUAACAUCAAACUCCAUUAAACCAGAAAAAGGUUUCAUUAGUCCAGGAGGAAGUGGUUAUGGUCAAACCAGUGAUACUCGAACACUUCGAUCUAGUCAAUCAGAUAGUCUAAAAGGAAUUGGUUCUUCCGGGACCAGUGGUUGUGGUGGUGGCGGUGGUUCCGUUUCUCUUAAUGGUUGUUUUGUUAAAUUGGAGAAUAGUGAAUCAUCAUAUGGUGAUAAUAAUCUAAAAGGUGAUGAUUAUCACAAAGAAAAAGAUGGUGGUGAUGAUGGAAUAGUCGAAGAAGAUGUUGAAAAAAUUCAACGUGUUCUUUAUCGGGAUGAUUUUGUUCCACUUUAUGAUCCAAACGAACAAGAUAUGACAUCUACGGGCUGGGAAUUCGUUGGUCAACCUCAGACGUUCAAACAGGAAGAAUGUCCCAUGGGUGAAGAUGGUUCAAUCGACGAAGCCGUAAAUUAUCUGAAUGAUGUUCACAAUCAAUGUUUAAAAAUGUUCGUAUUAACGGCCUUCGAUAUGACCCGAUACAUGAUGAUUACUCCUAAAAGAAUAGCUUAUGCCAAGCAAAAAGAGCAACAAUUGUUUGAAGCUUUAAUGGUGAUCGCCAAUAAGAAACAAGAAGAGAUUAAAAAUCUCAUCACCUCUACAAUUACUUCAAUGAAAGAAGAUAUUCUUAAUCAAGAAUCUAGUGUAACCGAAACCAACAAUCUAGUUGAAUCAGCGGAGAAAAAUUUCAAUGAAACAAAUUCAACCCUUAAUUUGAGUCUUUCUUCAAAUGAAUCAACAACAACAACAACAACCAAUUUAACUUCAAGAGAGAUUCAACUUGUCAUGAUUGAAAUUCAAGAUGUUGUGUUAAAUAAAUUAAACGCUGCAAUCGCCGAUAAAUUAAUUGGUUCAGUUGAUUAUCUAAGAAGCAGUUACAUUGGAACAUUGGAAAGAUGCUUAGGAAGCCUAGAGAAUUGGUCACCACACUGUGAUAUACUCAGUCCACCUCCACCUCCACCUCCUCCACUACCGUUACAAGGAUCACUUGCAACAACAACAACAGCAACAAUAACAACAAUAUCAUCAUCAGUUUCAUCAAUAUCCCAAUCUCGAGGCCAAUCACAGUCAUCGCCCUCUUCAUUAACAUCAUCUGCUUUUCCCUUAUCCCUAUCUAGAAAUGAAUGUAUUCAAGCCUCCAAUGCACUCAAGCAAAUAUUGAAUGCAGCUUAUCAAGUAGAGAUAAACAUGCGAACAUCAUCUAGUCUAUUACGUGCCUUCUGGGAUAAAAUGAAACAAUUAGUUUCCAUUUCGUUAUCUUGGAGAAAUCAGACUGUGAUUAACGAUGAAUGGAAACGUAAGGUAGCCAUUGACGUUUUAAGCUCAUUGUCGGAAUCUCGACUUGCAAAGUCAAUUUGUGCUCAAUUUAAGGAAAGAUUGAGAAAAUCACAUACACAAUUUGCCACAGCAAUGAAACAAUUGGAAAAUUUACAUUAUGGUAGAUUGGAAAAGAUUGAAGAACUUCGAGAUCGUGUUCGUAAAUAUUAUGCACCAAGAAUUGCCCGUUGUGCCCUUGAAGCGACAAGUUUACGAGAUGUUAUCCUACAUGGGAUGCCCGAACUGGGAAGGGAAAUCGGCCGAGGUCAAUAUGGUGUUGUUUACUCUUGUAAUUCUUGGGCUGGUUAUGCUCCUGUUGCGGUUAAAUCAGUUGUACCUCCAGAUGAGAAACACUGGAAUGAUUUAGCUAUGGAAUUUUAUUAUACUCGAUCAAUUCCAAAACAUAAUCGUAUUGUACAAAUUCGUGGUUCCGUUAUCGACUAUUCUUACGGGAAUGGUUCUAAUCCUGCAGUAUUACUCAUUAUGGAUAGACUUUCAAGAGAUUUAUAUUCAGCCAUUAAGAAUGGUUUAGAUUGGUUGAGUCGACUUCAGGUCGCUAUUGAUGUUGUUCAAGGAAUACGUUUUCUUCAUAGUCAAGGUUUAGUUCAUCGUGAUAUUAAAUUGAAAAAUGUUUUACUCGAUAAACGUAAUCGAGCCAAAAUUACUGAUCUUGGAUUCUGUAAACCGGAAGCAAUGAUGUCAGGAUCAAUUGUGGGUACACCGAUUCAUAUGGCACCCGAACUAUUCACCGGUAAAUACGAUAAUUCUGUUGAUGUUUAUGCUUUUGGUAUAUUAUUUUGGUACAUUUGUGCUGGACACGUACGAUUACCAUUCAUUUUUGAACAAUGUCAAAAUAAAGAUCAACUAUGGACCUGUGUGAGAAAAGGUUUACGACCUGAACGGAUACCUGAAUUUGACUCUGAAUGCUGGGCAAUAAUGGAAGCUUGUUGGGCUAAAGAUCCAAGUGCUAGGCCAUAUCUUGGCGAUAUCGAACUUAAACUCGUCACCAUUUUGAAAAGAAAGACAGAAAAACAAUCUAAUCGAAACAAAGUGGAAAGAAACAUGUCCACAGCCAAAGAACGAUUAACAGGAAUUUCGGGUGUUCAAGUUAAUGGAAAUACUGGUAACCAUCAUUUUAACAGAUCAUUUGGAUCACAAGCAACAACAACCAAAACAACAACAGCAACAGCAACAACAACAACGAGUAAAACUGAAUUAACUUCGGCCAUAAAUUCAAUCAUUGGUUUAAAUGCAUUCACCAAAGGAGGUGCUGCUAAGAGAGUCUUUAAACCGACUAUCCCAACAACUCGUCGAUCAGGUGGAGGAUCAGGAGUAACUCCAGGUAGCGGUGGGACUGGAGGUGGAAAUGGUAACAGGGAAGGACGAGAUCAGAAUAACAGUUGCAAUGGUAAAGUAAAAAGUAAAGAAAAGACUAGAAAAUCAAAAGGGAAAAAAGAUUUAAUUCAAUUGGAUGCAACUUUUAAUGGUAUAAAUAUAACAUCAAACUCCAUUAAACCAGAAAAAGGUUUCAUCAGUCCAGGAGGAAGUGGUUAUGGUCAAACCAGUGAUACUCGAACACUUCGAUCUAGUCAAUCAGAUAGUCUAAAAGGAAUUGGUUCUUCCGGGACCAGUGGUUGUGGUGGUGGCGGUGGUUCCGUUUCUCUUAAUGGUUGUUUUGUUAAAUUGGAGAAUAGUGAAUCAUCAUAUGGUGAUAAUAAUCUAAAAGGUGAUGAUUAUCACAAAGAAAAAGAUGGUGGUGAUGAUGGAAUAGUCGAAGAAGAUGUUGAAAAAAUUCAACGUGUUCUUUAUCGGGAUGAUUUUGUUCCACUUUAUGAUCCAAACGAACAAGAUAUGACACCUAUUGGUUGGGAACAUGUUAGUCAACAUCAGGCGUUCAAACAGGAAGAUAAAAAAGAUAUUAAAUGUUCAUUAAGACGAUUUGAUAAAUGGACUGCAACCAAAAACGAUCAAGAUAAAAUGGUUCUCUUCCAAUUACCCGAGAUGCUAUUAAAUAGCAGCGAGGGACACGUUGGUAAAAUACGAAUGUACCAAUCAGGUAAAAUGGAAUUAGUUGAUACUCGAUCUGGUUUGGUAUAUGAUCUCCUUCAUACUGAUUGUGAUGUUAAUCCUCACCCAGAUCAAGAUGAGGAUGAAAAUAGUGAUGAUGACACAACUAGUGAGGAUAAUGACGAUAAGUUGAAAGAAGACACAUCACCAAGUGCCAGUGGUGAAUCUAAAUUCUCAACCGAUUGGAUUAAAAAAGAGGUUGAUGAAGAUGAUCCACAAAAUUUUGAUUUUCUUCCACCACCACCAAUACCAUCUCGACCAUCAACAUCUAAAUCAUCCUUAUCAUCAUCACCAUCGCCAUCAUUUAAAAUGCAAUCUCCAUCUCAUUCAUUAAAAUCAACCAUUAAAUCAUCUUCUAAAUUUUCAUCGAAAAAUUUUAAGGCCAAUCAACAUAAUAUUAGACGAAACAAAUGUGAUAAAGAUAAUGGAAAUGAUGACGACUACCAAGAAGAUACUGAUACUGAAGAUGAUGAUGAAGAUGAUGAAGAUGAUUUUAAUAGGAAUAUUACUCAAUCAUAUCGUGAGGCUUGUACUUUCGAUGGGGAAAAUGUUGUCUGCCUUGGUCCAAUCAGUAACAAUCAACUACUAAUUGGACGGCCAAGAUUAGAUAAAUUUAUUAACCUUUGAAAAUGAAUAUCGAGAUAUAUAGCAAUCAAUGUGUCUUAAUUAUGUUUUUUGUUAAGGUUAUCGUUAAAUUAUGAUCAAUAUAAAUAUACUAAUUUAAACUAUAUUUAUAUAUAUAUACAAUCAAAGAAUGAAAUUUAUAAAAUUAAUAUUUAAUUCAUUA